AUGCUUCGCUACUUUGCUCUUUUUGCCUUAUUGGUGGCUAUGAUCGCUGCGGCUCCCGGAGGAUAUGGAGGAGGAAUGAAUUCCUACGGUUCCAUGGGAUAUCAAGGAGGAAUGGGUGGAAUGAACCCCGGCAUGGGAAUGGGCCCGAUGGGAAUGAACGGACAAAUGGGAAUGGGCGGCGAGAUGAACCCCAGCUUCGGA